UGGUCGUUAUCCAAUUUCUGUGGACCGUGACAAUGUUCACUCUCUCACUUCUUUCUCCUCCACACUCUCUCUCUCUCUCCUCCCCUCCCAGCCAGCAUUCCAUUCCCAACGGCCAUGGCCACCACAUUCUCCAACCCCGCCUCGCCGUUCGCCCCCGCAUUGCCCCGAAAUUACCUUCCUUUCCCCGUCCGCUCCUCCUCGUUCCGACGGAAUCCGCCGGAGCUCAUCUCCUCCUCUCCGCCGACCCUGAAAUUACUCGCCUCUUCGAGAAAUCGCCGUUCGAAUACCGCGUGCAAGGCGACGGAGGUGUCGGUGGCGGAGGGGUCGCCGGCGUCGGAGGGCGGGGAAAACUGGGUGCCGGUGGUGCCGCUGUCGGCGCUGCCGAAGGGAGAGAGAAGGGUGAUAAUACAGGACGGAGAGACGAUACUGUUGCUUUGGUAUAAGGACCAGGUUUUCGCUAUCGAGAACAAAUCUCCUGCUGAGGGUGCUUAUACUGAAGGCUUGCUCAAUGCCAAGCUCACUCAGGAUGGCUGCAUAGUUUGCCCGACCACUGACAGCACAUUCGAUCUUCGAACGGGGGAAAUCAAGGAAUGGUACCCGAAAAACCCGGUGCUGAGAGUUCUAACACCUGCUCUGAGGACACUCUAUGUUUUCCCUGUGAAAACUGAUGAAGAAAAUAUCUAUAUCAACAUGAGAGGAGCCGGCGUAAACCCUAAUGUGUCCGCAGAGAUUGUGUUUAGCGGCAAGGCUCAGCCUGGUGUAACUGCAACUGAUGUCAAUGUGGAGGAGGUAAGGAUGGUGGUUGAUGAAAAUCUUGAAGGGUUUGGUUUCACUGGGAAGAAUGAAGUAAUAAACGGGAAAGCAGCUGUUAUUGGCUUCCUCUUGUUGUUGGAUUUUGAACUCUUAACUGGCAAAGGACUUCUUAAAGGCACUGGCUUCUUGGACUUCAUUUAUUCUGUUUCAAAUGCUUUCAAAUAGUAUUUUGCACUAUUUCUGAUACGUAAAGUGAAUGACUCUGUUGGGUUAACCAUAUUUUAAUGUGUUUAAUCUUCUUUGUAGUCUUUUAUGCGCUA